GUCGUUAUCUAGCACGGACUUGAUCAAUACGUUACAGUAGCCUAAUUGAAUACUGUCGUUCUGAAGGAACGCCAAAUACAGCUGGCUCGUCACAAUGGCGACGCCUUUGCCUCAAGAAACGGUCUCAGAGACCCAGCAUGUCGGUAAUGACAUGCUCUCAUUGCUUCCUUUGGAACUGAAGCACCAAAUCCUCGACAGUUUAAGUGCCAGAGAUGUGAUUAACCUCAGACUGGUGUCCCGCGUCUGGGCAGUCCUGGGAGAAGAGCUUUUUUUCAAGGAUGGAUUUACCGUCCGGCCUCACCUUAAUGAUAUGGCCCGACUCGAGAUGGCCUCAAAACAUCCUGGAAUUGCUAAGAGUAUUACCAGUCUCACUUUCUAUAUGGGCGACAUGAGUUUCGAGCAAUUCGCUGACGCCGUUAAGCGAAAGUCGUGGAAAGGAGAUCUAAAGAAAGUAUGGGAAAUUAUCGAUCGUAUGUACAGUGCACCGAUGUUUAAUCGGCACUGCAACGAGAGAAUAUUAUCUGAGGUUCUCCCACGGUUGCCAAACCUUACAUCACUGACGGCCACUUCAAUAAAAUAUCCCUUUAUGGGAUGCGGUGUUGACCUUUUGCGCGCUUGGAAGUCCAUGAUGGAUUACUCGCAGGACUUUGAAGAGUACGAUGAAGUCUCGUUUCAUGAUACUUCUUUAUCGACAAGAAGAUAUACCAGCGUCCUGUCUGCUGCUCAACACCUCAAAUCACCAAUUACGAAAUUGGUCUUGGACCCAUUGCCUGCUGAUUUCUUCGUCACAUACGACGAAAUGUCAGUUGAUGAAGACGAUGGGCAACACGAAAUCGAUAAAUUCCUGGACCCUUCUAAACAAACUAUCUUCGAGAAGCUGGUGUCGCAUGUUCAAGAUCUCCAGAUGGGAAUGAUGGGAUUUUCUUUUCGAUAUAAUGAUAGUGCCUUGGCUGCGGCAUUAGGCGAUGUAUUUGGUACCAUGAAACAAUUGCGCUAUUUGGAUCUUACGUGGGAUUUAGCAGAUGCACAGGUACUUCGUUUUGCUAAAGUCUGGCAAUCACGGUUUUUGCGUGCUACUUGGCCUCAUCUCGAGAGACUACGGCUGCGAAAGACUGAAUUCGAUGACGUUGCGAUACUACCAUUCCUUCGAAAGCAUUCAUCCACCCUUAAAUACCUGGAGCUUACCGAGGACGCGGUCCAGGUCGAUAUAGAGCAAACACGAACCUUUAGAGACCUACUUACUGGCUUCAGAGAACACCUAAAGUUAGAGAAAUUCCAGUUUUUGGUUACGGAGGGAGAUCAACCGAUAUAUGAUCGGAACUGGGAUCGUGUUGACAGUAUAGAGAAUUUGACCUGGCGUGAGAUGGCAGAGAUGCAUUAUCGCCAUAAUCGCGUCAAAGAUGCACAGCUGCUGGAAUGGUUCGUGCUUGGGAAGAUCUCCUGGCCGAUGAAGAACGACCAUCCUGACUUUGACGCGGUGUAUCAUCCUUGGAAGCGGUUGUCUGCCGAACAGAUACGCCAGGGAAUGGAGGAUUCACUCAUCGACAUCGAUAGCUUGAUAGAGGACGAAUGGGAGUCAGACGUGUCAGAAGAAUACGUGGAUGAGGAUGAGGAUGAAGUUGAAGUUGAGUUUGAGGAUGAGGAUGAGAAUGGGGAUGAGGAAGAUGACGAUGAUGAGGGAUAUUCAGAUCUAGAUGCCGAGGAACAGGACACCCAGUUCGGCCAGUUGGGUCACUUUGGCCAGUUGAGCCACUUGCUCACCCUUGGAUACCUUUAAUAAUUCCGAAGGCCGGAAAGAAAAGGGAAUAACAAAAUGAUAGGCCAACGUUACACAGGCCGGUCACGUUUAGGAGGCUGGCAUGGCUCUUAUCUUGCAGACCCAGCAAUAUACUGGAACAUGUCUCAUACGUGAUUUGUUGUUUCAUGCCAUUCGCUUGGAACGACUGAUGGAGUUAUCAGCAUUUGGAAAUGUACAUCAUAGGGUCGAAGAUUAUAGUGGUAGAACCCCAAG